AUGAACGGCGGUGGUGGCAGGGGAGGAGGAGGAGGAGAGGGGCGGCCGCGGAAGAUUUUGAAGAAGGGGAUGUGGAGUCCGCAGGAGGACAAGAUACUGACGGAGUACGUGCGGCGGCACGGGGAAGGGAACUGGAACGCGGUGCACAGGCGCACGCCGCUGCUGAGGUGCGGCAAGAGCUGCCGGCUGAGGUGGGCCAACCACCUGAAACCGGACCUCAAGAAGGGCGCCUUCUCGCCGGAGGAGGCGAGCCUCGUCGUCCAGCUCCACGCCGAGCACGGCAACAAGUGGGCACACAUGGCCUCUCUGUUGCCGGGAAGAACGGACAACGAGAUAAAGAACUUCUGGAACACUAGAGUGAAGAGGCUCCAGAGGGCGGAUUAUCCUGUUUACCUCCGCCGGCCCCGCCGGCCCCCGAUCACUGAAUCCGGUCCGUCCAACCCCAGCCUCGCCGAUGAUGAUUCCCAGCCUCACCCUUGCUGCUUCUUCGGGGCCUCGUCGUCGCAGCAGUUGAACUGGCCCGGACCCUGUCAGUGCCCACGCCAUCAGCUUCAUGUGCAGUCGACCAUCGUCGAGCUCCGCCGCAAUCUGAGCGCGUUUUGCGCUGAGUAUCAGCUGCCAUCUGGGGCAGCGGCGGCAGAUGUGGAACUCCCUUCAAUCCAAACGACGCCGCUGGGGGCAAUGGUUCAGGGCUCCGGCGGCGGGUGCAGCUUCUUUGCAACGCAGUCCAAGGAGAGGAAGAGUGGCCUGUUGGAGGAUUUGUUGGUGGAAGCCGAAACCCUAGCUCUGAAGGAGAAGGAGAAGAAGAAGAACGAGAGUCUGGGCGGCGAUGGUGCUGAGACGGCGGCUUCCUCCUCAUUCAGUGUGGAAGUGGAACCAGCCAAGGAGCCGAUAGACGAGGUCGAGUGCAUGGACGACGACCUGUCAAGUCUCCUCGCUAGCUUCACUUCGACAAUGCCAUCUCCAGACUGGUGAUGGCAGAAGUCUGCACCAUGUCGAUCGGACAACUAUCGCCUGUGGUAUGUUGGGCCGCCACAUUACCGACAUCCUCUCUCUCGGCGCCUGCUGGAGAGCUACCUGCUCGGACCUAAGAAGCAGUAAUAAAUGGAACAACAUUCUAGUAUAUAUAUACGUAAGAUCACUUGAUAUAAGACCGUGCUGUGAUCUUUACGUAGCUUAUGAAAAGGACUUUGUUUAGCUCUGCUCUACUAACUGAGAAAUUGAGCGUUAAUGUUAACGAUAUUCCGGUAU